AUGAGUCGCAAUAUGCGGCGAACAGUUCUAAAAGGACAUAAUUCACGAAGAUGGCCAACUCUAGAACAGAAACUGUCGGCUGUGCAGUGGAUCUAUGCUAUGUGGACAAAAAAUUCAAUGCUACUCAUAAAUACUAUGCGGUUUUGUGUCUUUAUGGGAGACCAUCACUGCCAC